AUGGAGAACAAAGGUAAUAGUGAAAGUACUACUACCACUACUACUACUACUUCAACUGCUCCUUCUACAGAGUCAAUAGGAGUAGCCAAAGAUGGUUGUAAUAGUAGUAGAAUACUUAAUAUCAAUGUUGGUAUAAUGGGACAUGUAGAUAGUGGAAAGACAAGUCUUGCAAAGGUGCUGAGUACAAGUCUAUCAACUGCAGCUUUGGACAAGAGUCCUGCAAGUCAAGAAAGAGGUAUUACUUUGGAUUUGGGAUUCUCAUCAUUCAACGUCGAUGUUGCCAGUCAUCCAUUACUCUCUCAACGAUCAGAGAUUGCCAAUCACUAUGAUCGUGUUCAAUUUACACUUGUCGAUUGUCCAGGACACGCUUCUCUUAUACGUACUAUCAUUGGUGGUUCACAAAUCAUUGAUAUGAUGUUUCUAGUCAUAGAUAUUAACAAAGGUAUUCAAACUCAAACUGCCGAAAUAGAUCAAAUUCCACAAGAAUCAAGACAAUCUAAAAUUGAUACUAUGUCAACUAAACUACGUAAAGUAUUGGAAAAGACAUGUUUUAGUCAAUCGCCAAUGGUUUCAGUAUCUGCUAAUCCAGGUGUAGUUUCAGAAGAGGCUAAUGUAAAUAAUAAUCAACAACAACAACAACAACAACCAUUGCAACCAUCACAACCAAUUGGAUUAAAUCAAAUGAUUGAUGAAUUAUGUAAAUUUAUAGAAAUACCAAAGAGAGAUGACCAAGGUACAUUCCUAUUUGAAUUUGAUCAUUGUUUUCAGAUAAAGGGACAAGGAUCGGUAUUGACGGGAACCGUAUUAAAAGGAUCGAUUGAAAUCAAUCAAACCGUUCAAAUACCACAACUCAACUUGGAGAAAAAGAUAAAGUCGAUGCAAAUGUUCCACAAACCCGUUAAAAAGGUGGUGCAAGGUGACCGUGCUGGUAUCUGUGUUACACAAUUAGACUCUAAAUUAUUGGAAAGAGGGUUAUUAUGUACCCCUAAAACAGUACCAUUAUUAAACGGUGCAAUCAUUUCAAUUGAAAAGGUUAGAUUCUAUAAAAACCUUGUUAAAACAAAUUCUCAUUUCCAUGUAACUAUUGGUCAUACAACAACAACAGCAAUUGUUACAUUUUUUGGAAAUAAAAUAUUGGAUCAAUCAACACCAACAACAAAAGAAGAGACUGGAAGUAUACAUCAAUUUAAUGAAAAAAUAGAAUAUAGUUUUAUGGAAUAUUUAGAACCAACUAGUUUGGAGUAUCCAGUUGGAUCACAAUUUGCAUUGAUUAAAUUUGAUCAUCCUGUAUUGUGUCCGUUGGAAAGUGUCAUUAUUGGAUCAAAGUUGGAUGUUGCAUUGGAUACGUCGGGAUGUCGUAUUGCAUUCCAUGGCAGUUUGUUGCAAGGUAUUGAUGCAUCGAAUCGACAGAUUCUCCAUGACACGCUACGUAUAUUCAAGACAAAGGUCAAAGAAGGUGCAGUGGAGCGUGUUCACAGUGAAGACACUUUAAUUGGAAAGAACCUUUUCUCCAAACAAACAGAUCUCUCUUCAUUUAUUGGUAACUAUUUAUUUGGUAUUCUUUUAGUUUCCCUCUCUCCUUUAGAUUAUUAUCUUAAUCUUCUUUUAAAAAGGGUAGAUAAAAAAACCUUUUUGUGA